AUGGAGCUCCUGUAUUUUCUUAAUGGUGCUGCAGAAUGCUUGGCCAUGGUUGAGGAUGAAUGCUUGGCCAUGGAUGAGGAUAUAAUUAAAUUGUCAAAUAUUGUACAUGUACAGAUGAAAGAGCUAGUGAAUGGCGUGAAAUCGUUUUUGGGUUCAAUGGAAGAUGGAGAUAUGAGCAUUUCAGCUUAUGACACAGCUUGGGUUGCCCUAAUACAAGACACCAACCAAACUGGAAGUACUCCACAGUUUCCAUGUUGUUUAGAUUGGAUCGCCCAUAAUCAAUUGUCGGAUGGUUCAUGGGGUGACCCUCGUUAUUUCUUGUUGUGUGAUCGGAUCCUCAAUACGUUAGCUUGCGUUAUUGCUCUCAAGACGUGGAAUAUUCACCCUCACAAAUGCCAAAGAGGAAUAUCAUUUUUGAAUGAGAAAAUGAGUAUGCUGGAGAAGGAGAAUGAGGAGCACUUUCUUGGCGGCUUUGAGAUUGUUUUCCCUUCCAUUCUUGAGAUGGCUCGGAAAUUAGGCAUUCAACUUCCUGAUGAUCAUCAUACUUGUUCAGCCUUGCAAAAUAUCAUAUUCAAGAGGAACCUGAAACUCACAAGGAUAUCAAAAGAAGGGAUAUACAAUGUGCCCACAACAGUACUCUUCAGCUUGGAAGGACUGCAAGACAUGGAUUUGGACUGGGAAAAGAUUCUGAAGAUGCAGAGCAAAGAUGGGUCAUUCUUGUCCUCCCCAUCCUCCACUGCUUAUGCAUAUUUGCAAACUAAAGACCAAAACUGCUUCAAAUAUCUAAACAAGGUCGUCCAAAGAUUCAACGGCGCAGCCCCGACGAUGUAUCCAGUGGACUUGUACGAACGAUUGUGGACUGUAGAUCGCUUGGAGCGCCUAGGAAUCACUAGAUUUUUCAAGCGAGAGAUUGAAGAAUAUAUGAAUCAUGUCCACAGGUGUUGGACUGAGGAUGGAAUAUCCUGGUCAAGCAAUUUCCGACUUCACGAUAUUGAUGAUACAUCUAUGGGAUUCUACUUGCUUAGAUUGUAUGGUUAUGAAGUUUCUCCAGAUGCAUUUGGGUAUUCAACGGAAGGGAAGGAAUUCAGAUGCUAUUUAGGACAGUGGAAUGAGGCAAUCAGUGUAAUGUUUAACUUGUACAGGGCUUCCCAAAUGUUAUUUUCGGGAGAGAAAAUUCUACAAGAAGCGAAGAAGUUCGCAUCCAAAUUCUUGAGCAGAAAACGAGAAGCUAAUCGAUUCCUUGAUAAAUGGAUUAUCCUUAAGGACUUAGCUGGUGAGAUUGGAUUGGCAUUGGACGUUCCAUGGUACGCAAGCUUGCCUCGAGUACAAGCGAGAUUCUAUGUGGACCAAUAUGGGGCUGGAGAUGUUGUACAUAUUGGCAAGACUCUUUUCAGGGAGCCCUUCAUUGACAAUGACAUGUACCUACAUCUUGCAAAGCUUGAUUACAACUAUUGCCAGUCAUUGCAUCAAAUCGAAUGGAACAAUAUCCAAAAGUGGUAUGAAGGAUUUAAAUUAGGAGACUUAGGGGUAAGCACAAGAAGUCUUCUUUGUGCAUAUUUUAUGUGUGCAGCCAGUAUUUUUGAGCCAGAAAGGAGGCGAGAGCGACUCGCUUGGGCUAAGACUGCAAUUUUGGUGGAAACCAUUGCAUCUUAUUUUGAUAAGGCAGACAACUCAACAAAGCAAAGGAUGUCCUUUCUUAGGGAAUUCCAAAAAUGUAAGAGUUCAAGGCAAGACACUAAAGGGAUCAGGUUGGAGACAAACGAUACUACACAAUUAAUACUUAUCUGGAAGCUACUUGAAACCCUAGAUCAGUUUUCUCUGGAUGCAUUGGAGGCUUAUGAUCAAGACAUUACUCACCAUCUCUAUCAUUCUUGGGAAAAAUGGUUGCUGACAUGGCAAGAACGAGUGGGACGAGGAGAAGAAGCAGAACUAAUGGUGCAAACGAUAAAUCUCAUGGCCGGACAUAAGGUCUCAGAGGAAAGUUCAAAGCAUGGUCCUUUUUACGAACGACUCUUCAACCUUGUUAACAAAAUUUGCUGUCAACUAUACAAUCAUCGGCAAUCCAAGUACAAGCAAGAAGAGACACAUGACAAUGGUAGAGACCCUGCUAUCAUCGUAACGUCCGAAAUAGAGCAAGACAUGCAACAACUUGUGCAGAUGGUACUCAAUCAUCAUGAUGGCAUCAACUUCAAUAUGAAGCAAGUGUUUCUCUUGGUCACAAAGACCUUCUAUUGCAAUGGCUUUAUUCAUCCAAAGAUUCUGGAUUCCCACAUUGCUAAAGUACUCUUUGAGAGAGUUGAUUAAACUUUAAUUUUAGUCAUUAUUAAUGUAAGCAGUACUCUUGUCUCUCAAGUGUGAGAGAGA